GUUAAAAACAUGGGACUUAUUAUACAAUCUAUUUAAAUCAAGCUUCAUAUGAGAAUUUUUUUUUACAUAUCACGUUAUGACGUAGAAAUCGGGAGUGGCUUAGCAUCUAAAAAAAAUUACAGCAAGAAUAUCUUAUCAGAAAAUUUUCGAAAAAUACCUUAUCACAAAUGAAUGCUUCUCGUAUAACUUGCUUAAUAUCUUCAAUUAAUAAAACGAACUUUAUUAAACAUGUGAAAUUUAAUGAAUUAUUUAUUAAUAUAGGGAAAGGAAGAAAACCUUAUUCGAUAUACUCUUCUCUUAAACCUGAACCAGAAAUUAGAGAAAUGGUAGCUAAAAAAUAUAGAAUUGUUAGUAGUAUAGUAUUAACAAGACCACCACAAAUUCUUCGAGAUUUACACCCAUUUGAAAAAGAAUAUUAUUUAUAUCAACAAAAGUUAGAACAAAUUCAUUCACCACCAUUUCCUCAAGAUUUUUAUUUUAAAAAAGGUAGCAUAGCAGAAAAGAGGUGGAAUAAAAGAAAAGAACAAGAUAAAAAGAAUGCUUUAUCAGUUUUUAGUGAAUUUAAUGAUAAUUUAAAAGAUAAAUCUGAUAUUGUUGAAGGUGAAGAAGAUAUUAACAAUGAUAAUAAAAGUUUAGGUGAUGUUGAAGAAGAAGAAAUUAAAAUUGCUAGUAGAAUAACUCAAGAUGAUUUAAAUAAUAAUUUGAAAUCUUUGAAUAGAGCAUUACAUAGAACUUUAUAUCUCAUAGUAAAAAAACCAAGAGAUGAACAUGCAUGGCAAUUUCCUCAAGGUGGUGUAAACAACAGAGAAAGUUUAAUUCAGGCUGCUGCUAGAGAACUUGAAGAGGAAUGUGGUAAUAAAAUGGACGUUUGGUUUGUAGGUAGAAGACCAAUUGGUUGUUAUAAAUACACAUAUCCAAAAAAUUUUGUUAGAGAAGACGACAAAGAUAUUAAAGGAUCCAUGGUAUUUUUCAUGAAAGCUCAUAUAUUUGCGGGACAAGUACAUGUAGAUCAAAAAGAAAUUGUAGACUUUGCUUGGGUUACAAAACAAGAAAUGAAGGAUUUUGUAACUAGUAACUAUUAUUCUGCCGUUUUGGACAUGCUUUCAGAGUUUUAAUUAGGAUUUAUUUUAAAAAAAAAGCAGACUUGCUUACUAUUUAUAUUAAAAAAAUUAUUUUAAUUUAAUUAAAA